AUGUCCGUUGCGGAGACCUUUAUCGAGGAAGAUGGUUUUGGGUUCGUUCCCAAACUAAAUCGUAAUGAACGUAAUGAACCAUUCGAAAUUAUUAGAAGGUAAAGUACAUGUAUGUUGCUAACAAUCGCUAGACACACUUAUACUCGCGAAAAUAUUCAAACGCUUUAUUUUUUUGUCUACUUUUACGUCUUGCUCUUGUCCGAUAUAUACUUUAUUCCAUUAGAUAUACAAUGACGAAUAAACACAAAGCAUCGGUGCAGUUGAUUUCGUGGGGCGCUGGUAUUCAAUCCAUCAAAGUUCCAAAUCAGUUGGGAAUUUUGGGUGACGUUGUCUUGGGAUUCGACGACAUAGAGGGUUAUUUGAAGAACAGGUACAUAGGGAGGAUAAUCGGGCGAGUGGUAAAUCACAUCUCUUGCGCCGAAAUGAGAGUUGAAAAUAAAAUUUACACUCUGCCUCGGAAUAGUGGAGAUGGUGUUGGUCAUUUUAACGGCGGGUUCGUUGGAUUCGAUAAUGUCAAUUGGAAUUCUUACGUAAUGAAGAAGCACGUGGUGAAUACUCUCGUUAUGACUCAUUUGAGUCCAGCGAAUAGCGAAGGAGAUAUGCUAACGCAGAUUAAAUACUCUUGGACCGAUGAUAAUCAGCUUCUUAUGAAUAUUCGUGCCAGUUCUACCCAACCAAUACCUGUUGACAUUACUACUAAUUGUUUGAUGAAUCUUGCGGGUCAUGCUACCGGACCCAACGAACUCAAGAAACACGUAAUUUCUUUAAACGCAGGCAGUUGGACGUUCACGGAUAUCAAGAACAAUUUGCCGACAGGCACUGUACAUCCGGUUGAUCGUACAGUAUUCGACCUACGUUUACCGACUCAGUUAACCAAGAGACGGCUUUAUGUCGUACCAGGGGGUGGUUACAACCAGAACCUCUGCAUCACCAGCCCCAGCAGUUGGUCUUAUCGAUUCCACGCUAGAAUAAUUCAUCCUGGUUCAGGAAGAACUUUAGAAGUAUACUCAAACCAGCCAGGCCUACAAUUUUCCACGGGAAACGAUUUGCCAGAUCCUGAUUGCAAUUAUCCACCCGAUUUCGAAGAUUACUGCGAUUGCAUGGAUAUAAAGCCGAAAACAGAGGAGAAACCGAAGGAAAUGUGGGGAAAGGACGGUACACGAUAUCGAAGGCACGGUGGAUUUAUUUUAUCGCCACAAAACUAUCCCAACGCCGCCAACAUAAGCGAUUUUCCUCCCUGCAUACUUUAUCCCGGCCAGGUUUACGUACAUGACAUAACGUAUAAGUUUGGUUUGUUGUCGAGAAAUUUGGACACGCCAAUUUGA